CGGAGGGGGGCGCGGGGCAGCGCUGAGACCCGCGCGCGGCGCCCGUCCCUGCCCGCGUCCCCGGCGGCGGCGGCGGCGGCGGCUCGGAGCGGCUCGGAGCGGCCCCGCGCCCGGCCAUGGCCUCCAACUUUAACGACAUCGUCAAGCAGGGCUACGUGCGGAUCCGCAGCAGGAAGCUCGGGAUUUUCAGACGAUGCUGGUUGGUUUUCAAGAAGGCUUCUAGUAAAGGACCCAGAAGACUAGAGAAAUUUCCAGAUGAGAAAGCCGCGUAUUUCAGAAACUUUCAUAAGGUAACUGAGCUACACAACAUCAAAAAUAUAACUAGACUGCCCCGAGAGACGAAGAAGCAUGCCGUGGCAAUUAUCUUCCAUGAUGAAACUUCAAAGACAUUUGCCUGUGACUCAGAGCUGGAGGCCGAGGAAUGGUGCAAACAUCUGUGCAUGGAGUGUCUUGGGACGAGGCUGAACGACAUCAGCCUCGGGGAGCCCGACCUGCUGGCAGCUGGGGUGCAGCGGGAGCAGAACGAACGAUUCAAUGUGUAUCUGAUGCCGACACCAAAUCUGGAUAUUUAUGGGGAAUGCACCAUGCAGAUCACUCACGAGAAUAUCUAUCUCUGGGAUAUCCACAAUGCCAAGGUCAAACUGGUCAUGUGGCCCCUCAGCUCCCUGCGGAGAUACGGGCGGGACUCUACGUGGUUCACCUUUGAGUCGGGAAGAAUGUGUGACACAGGAGAAGGACUAUUCACUUUUCAAACAAGGGAAGGAGAAAUGAUCUAUCAGAAGGUGCAUUCCGCGACACUGGCCAUAGCAGAGCAGCAUGAGAGAGUAAUGCUAGAAAUGGAGCAGAAGGCCCGGCUGCAGACAAGCUUGACUGAGCCCAUGACAUUAUCCAAGUCAAUAUCUCUUCCCCGUAGCGCCUACUGGCAUCACAUCACCCGUCAGAGCAGCGUCGGAGAAAUCUACAAUUUGCAAGGUCACGGGUUCGGGACCUCCAAGAUGUCACGUGCACAGACAUUCCCCAGCUACACCUCGGAGCAGAGCGAGGAAACCCAGCCCACUCUGUCCCGGUCCAGCAGCUACGGGUUCAGCUACAGUUCCAGCCUCAUUCAAUGACACAGAGUCACCGCUGACCAGAGACAGUCUGCCCUGGACCUGCUUCCGGGUCAUUGCUCCCUCUGCUGCCCGGAAGACCAAUUGCAGUAAAAAAAAUUGAAAUGGGUCGGGUCGAGCCCCCCUCCCAGGGGAAGGCUGAAAUGACUUCUGCUUCCAUGAUUCUGUGGCUCAGUCCUUUAUUUAUUGAGUUUCUUCGGGAGAAAUCUAUGUUUUACAAAAAGUAGAAUCCAAAUCGUAUGAACAGUUCUUUAAGUCCAAUUCUUUGGGUGAGAGAGCAGAAGCCGGGGGCCGUGGGAGGGGUGACCCACACUGGAGGGGCGGGUAUUGAUCCCUUUUUUUCCUGGCUCCGUCCUCCCGUCUGAUAGCAGGGUCGGAUCUUAGCUGUAACCAGACCCACCCCGGCUUGGAAGCUUUGGACGGAGACAGACACAUCCGGUGAGCUGCGUACAUGGCUUCCCGAGGCUCCUAUAAAUAAGCAAAGGUUUAGGGAACAUGACAUUUAGAACACACUAAUGCACAGGGCCUCAUAGCUCGACUCGGUGUGUGUGUGUGUGUGUGUACAUGUGUGUAGACAAACACGGACAUGGAUAUUGCCAUAUCCAUCUCUGUCUUACCAGUAUAUAUCAGUGUGUGCCGAGGGUGACAGGAUAUGCUCACUUAAAUUGUUGAAUACUGUCAUUUGGUGCAUUAAAACUUAAGGUUGUUAUGUUGAAUAGCUAUUUUUAAAAUAGUGCUGUAAAAAAAAAAGGCUUCUUAUUAGCAAAAGUAUUUAUAUCGUCAAGUCUGCUCCUAUGCAAAUGUAAGGGGAAAUGUGAGAAGGGGGCGUUGUUGGAACAAAAAAAAAAACCAGUGCUCUGGCCUAUGUGCCCUCGCCAGCUAUACAGUCUCUCCGACUAAUGACAGUGGUGUCGACAAAACGUCUCUCUCUAGUCGCUGCGGUGGGGGAGGGUUUGGUGCGAGGACUCUAGGCUUCUGAGGGUCCCUGAGAAAAGGGGCUCCACAUAGGAGCUGGUUCAGAAAGAUAAAAACCCGCUGAAAGAGAAGCAGCUCUUUUGUGCCGAGAAGGUCAUCACAGAGGCCAGAGUUGUACAUAUCACUCACUAAGAUGGCACAGAGGUGCUCCUGGGAGGACCAUCCGGGACCUGUCAUUCAGUGUACACCCAGAAUUUCAUGGGCUCUAUUUUCCUCUUACUAGACAAGGGCUGGCUGAGACCAUCAGAAAAAAAUGGUCCAAUGUAAAUGCUUUCAUCCCUGACACUAAGUGACACUCCCGAGUUUGAAAGGGAAGUAGGAAUUCCUUGUGAACAAAAAAGGUUUGGCUAACUUCAGUCAAGGGGAACUGGGAACUUGUGCCCUUAAUUAAUUUUGGGGUUCACAUGGAUUAAAAAAAAAAAACACAUUUUGCUCUGCCAAAAUUAUCUGAUGCAGCAUGCCAAAGGCAAUCAUCUUCCCAACUCCUCUGGGGUGGAGCGGGACAACGGGCUGAGGGCAUGUAAGAUGAAAACCUCAUCUUGGUCACAUCAAAGAAAUUUUUUGUUUUUGGCUUUUUGGGUCACACUCAGCAGCGCACAGGGGUUACUCCUGGCUGUGCACUCAGGAAUUACUCCUGGCCGUGCUGGGAGACCAUAUGGGAUGCUGGGAAUCGAACCCGGGUCGGCCGCAUGCAAGGCAAACGCCCUACCCGCUGUGCUAUCACUCCAGCCCCACAUCAAAGAAAUUUUUUAACUUUCAAAAUCAGUCUGUUUCAAAGCACCUGUUUUGCUGAUCUGUGAAAAUCCUAUCCCUCGCUUGUGUGUAGACUUGACUAUUCACUCAGGGAAGUGCCACUGAAUUAAAAUGGUUCCGGGGCCUUCCUUGAGCAUGUCUCACUGAGAGCAACUACCUAGACUCUUCAAAUCUCUCAGAUAAGUAUGAAAAUCCCAUCAAGAUGCUAAUCAUAAGAGUUAAUGUGGCUGCGAAAAAUAAUUAUCUUGAGCUUUCAGGGAUAAAAGAGAAAAUUACUCAAACUCUCUGCACUGUGAAUUCUGCUGACGCGGCAGAAGAGGCGCUGAGUGGGCCCAGACGGGGACGCAGCCGUCCCCCUGCCACCCCAGCUUCCGGCACGGCGCACCUCGGGAUGACUUUAGCACGUGGCAUUUGCUUCGGAAAUGCCACUAGUGAAACUCCCCAGAGCAACUCCCGCUGAGACCACUUAGGCAUGAGCUCCUGGCGGGGUCAGGUGGGGCGUCAGCCCCUCGCUGGCCCUCCCGGUUGAGCUGUUGCUUAGAGACCACAAGUUUCCUCAAGGGACUUAUGGGAAAGACCCUCAGGGGUCCUGGUUCUUGUCUCGGCUUUCUUUAUGUGCCAAGAGCACAGACAGCGAGUCCAGAGAGGCUUCUGCUGACUAGAUGAGUUUGCUCUUUGGCCUGUCUGCUAGGAGACAGUGCCCGCACGAGGUUGCUGCACGAACACCGUUGGCUUGGAUUCUUUACCAGUGAAGGGAACUGAAAAAGUACCCCAGACCUGGCAUCUUCUCGGGCCAGUUCAUUUUGAAAACAAAGGGCCUUAAAAAGGGUGUGCUAAGAGAAAUUCCCGUCCCAAGUCUGGAACCCAAACACAGCCCCAUAUGAAAUCACGCUAAUAAAAUAUCUCGUGGUUUGUUUCUGGAGAUUUUUUCCUAACAUCUUCCUCCGACUACACUUAGAAUUGCAGUCGAGUCAAAGCCACUGAACGAUUAAGUAAGAGAAUUGAUGUUAACCCACUACACGUGACGUAAGGCGGUGUGUGUUGUAAUUAGAAUGGCAAGCAGAAAAAUCGUCUACAACAGCCAAAGAGGAAAGCCACCGUACCCACCUUCUAGAAAUUUACCGAAACAAUUCCAGUGGAACCACUAGUGACUGGAGCAACUCACUUGAGCUCUGGGUUUUUGAGCAAAGCGACCUCUACCCUUCACCAGUCAUUUUUCUCCCUUCAGGAAUUGUCUUAUACCUUUGGAUGCAUGUGUUCUUUUUCACUGGGAGAGAGCUAUCAUUCUGAACCAAAGACAUCCUUUAGACAUCAUUAGGGAUCCAUCCAGAUUAUUGGGGGUGAACAGAAGAGAUUGGAAGGGAGAAAGGGUGAAGAAACCCAAUACAAAAAGAGUUUAUCAGAGAGAACAUCCUGGAGGAACUGCUUGUUUUACAGGGAGAUUCCAGGAGAGUUAUUCUUUAUAUCCCCAAAUUUUUCUUCUGACAUUAAUUACAACACACAUGGCCUCUGUAUUUAAAAUGCCGAAAAGUGAAAAAUAAUUUUGAAAAGAUAGUUUUGGAUUUACUUUCUGGUAGGGGAAAAGAAAACACAUCUUUCACAUAUUCAUUGAAUAAAUAAUGGGCUCUCAGAACUGAUUUAUUUAUGCAGGGUGCAGAUAUUUAUAAUUCAACAGGUCCUGGCCACUGCCACAAUUUGAACUUAAUGAAACAAAUAUUUACUUAUAUAUUAGGAAAGAUGCAGCUUGAUAGGGCAUGUGAAAUAAAGUAAGACAUAUUCUAAGUAAACCUCAACAUUUCCAAAUAUAAUGAGGAUUAGCCCUAGUCGCUUGUACUCUGUCUGUAUCUUCAUGGAAUAAUUGUUUGAAAAUAAUUUGUUGCCUAUGAGAUGGGUAUCCACUUAUAUUUCAAUCCAAUAUAGAUCAAUGGAUUGACCCAUGUCUUUAAACUGUUAGUGGUUUUGAUAGAUCCAAUUUAUUGCAUGCUGUAUCUUUGUAGUAAAUAUUAAAAACAUCAAAAAAUCAAUACCUGUCCCUCAUUCUUUGACCAAUAUCUCAGAAAACUUUCUUUAAAAGUAUUAUGACCUAUUUCCCGGCCUAUUUUAGACAUUUGCUAAAAUCAUCUACUAAUGCUGCGGUGAAAACAAGCUAAACAAAUUAUAUUCUGAUUUUUAAAGGAAUAUUUUUGAUGAUUAUAACAGCACAAUGAAGGGACAAGAGGUAUACAAUGUGGCUCACCUUUGGGAUUUUAAUACUUCAUAUUUAUGCAAAGUAUACUAAAACCUGGGCAAAAUUCAAGUUACACAUUUUUCUUUAAUCUUGCUAAUAUAUCUACUAAUACCUUGAAAUCUAAACUACUUUAGCAAUCAUUAACAUAUAAUCUACCAAGAUUCACCUCUCACAAUCAUAGGAACAUGCCACUCCACUUGCAUGAAUUAUUCUAUCAGUGAUAAGUCCACACUAAUGAAUUAUGACCCUGUGAAAUUCAUGGAGUGUAAUUUCCCAUGUGAGGGGUAGAGGAGAACAGGAAUCAGGAGAGCAACAAUUGAGCUAAAGCUAUAGACUGAUGAACACCUGUGAAGAAACACAAGGACCCUAGUUGCUUAAUCUCCUAACCCCGGACCCAUCACAGGAUAAGUCACCUUUGGUGGCUUCACCUGCAACCAAGUGUACCAUGGGAAGAAUUUUGAAGUUAGUACUGGCAGACCGUACAUAAAGCAGGCUUCCUUAGUACUGGAGAAGAUUAGCUGGCAUAUCAGAAUGUUUAGCAAAAUCCCCAUAGUAAAAUGCCUCUUCAGUACCAUGAAGUAUGAAGAUACCAUGAGUAUCAUUUUUCUAUGGAUAACUCAUCUGAGUUUUUAUAUGAAGAUAAGUGUUUAUUAGGUGGACUGAGGGUCACCUUUGUGUGUGUUAUCAGCUCCGUGAAUAUGUUGUUGUUUGUCCACACCCAGCAGUGCUCAAGGCUUACUUCUGGCUCUGUGCUCAGCGGUGACUCCUGGCAAGGGUCAGAGGACCAUAUGUGGUUUCAGAGAUCGAACCCAAGUCAGCCACAUGUAAGGCAAGAUUCUACCUGCUGUGCUAGUGCUUUGACCCUUGAUGAAUAUUUUGAAAAGAUCAGCUCAUGAUUUUCCUGGAAACCACACAUUCUUUUUUCUUGAGCCUAUGUGUUAGUUGUAUCAUGCAUCCAAUUAUUACAACUCACUGAAGCACCGGCCACCGGCAGAGUGUCCUUGAUGUAUCACAAAUGUUGGGGUGUGUUUUCCAGAUGGAUGGAAUGCCGGCUACUCUGGGAGCUAUCUUACAGGCCGUGCAGAAUAAGGCCUCACUUUAUGUUCUGCUAAGGAAAACACUGGUCCUAGAGUUUGUACUUUCUUCACAUGCAUAGAAAUGGUCAGGAACGGAUUUGCCUGGUUCCAGGCUUUUGACCCAGAAGUGUUCCCUUGCCCCCCCCCCAUCUCCCAGUUACACAGUGGUUGUUCAGAAAUGCCACGGGGCCCAUAAUAAAUACGCCAUUGUACAUGUAUGUAUUUCCCCACAUAUUUCAGGUUUUACUCUACCUCAGCUCAUCACAGACCAUAUGAAUAGAAAGGUCUCAUGUGGCAAUUCCUGACUCUUGUGGUAGGUCACAGGCUGUGGGUAUGAGUUUUGUCACACAAAUUGUCUUUGUUUCUUGUUGGAAAUUCAGAUUUACUCAUUCUUAAGUGAUAAAUCUUAAAUAGGUGUUUGUAUCUUGCCUUCCUGUUUAGUCACCCUGUUAUAAUUACUAUUAUCGUUUAGGGCCUCUAUUACUUGGAUGCACUUUGGUUAAAUCAUUGAUUUGUGUCACAACUUCGUUACAGAACAUCAGAACAACUUCUUUUGCACAUCAACAAUGAAAAACUUCCAUUUUCAGCUGAAAUUUGGGGAGUGACUUUUUUUUUAACAUUCACAUAUCUUAAAUGCUUUGUAGACAAUUAUUCAAAUGAACUGAAGUCUAGAUAAAUAAAACUAAGGUAAAAUUGCUAAUUAAUAUGAAAAAAGACAUUUUGCAUAUGGUUUUCACUUAUUUUUCCCUACCUUAAAACAAAAGAGAGCUACAUUGGUACUGAAAAUGUCAACUUCUUUGGAGUCAGAACCCCAAAGUACAGCAGGUAGGGCAUUUGGCUGGCACAAGGCCAACCCAGGUUCAAUCCUCAGCAUCCCAUAUAGUCCCCUGAGCACCACCAGGAGUGAUUCCUAGUUCAAAACUAAGAAUAACCCCUGAGCAUCUCUAUAUGUGGCCCCCAAAACAGAAUGUCUGUUUCUAGUAAGUCUGUUUACUAAGUUUUGUUUGGCUUCAUUAUUCCUACUUCAUCCUGUCCAUGGGAUGGAUUUAAGAAUGAAUAGUUACAUUUUAUAAGGUUAUUUGGGUCAGGGUUAUGGUCAAUACCUUCAACUUGGCUGAUUCCUUGCUUUUGAGAUAAUUUCAAGCUCAGAUUAUAAAGUUAAACUCCCUCUAAAGACCAAGAAUUGCCCAUUAAGGGAGAAUUGUGCACAUAUUGGAAUUUAUUGCUGGAUUUAUUCAACGAGUGGCUUAGAGGCCUAUAAAAAUUGCUCUUUUUUUUUUGGAGUCCAAAAUUUAAAAAUCCAAAUUCAGGGAAACAAAGCUGAGGUGAUGAUUUUUAAAACUUAAGCAGUCACUACCAGAUUCCUCUCAAAGAAAUGAUUGUGAGGUGAUUUUGAUGGUGUUCCAAUGCCAUCUGUCAUUUGCAAAAGGGAGGAGGAAAUAUAGAGGAAAAUGAUACCAUUUUGAUGAGUUUAAGGUGUAAUACAGAUCACGUAAAUGUUGAAUAAAUUCUAAUUGGUGUAUCUGUUGCCAAAUUCAAGAAACGAUGCUUAUUGUUCUAUAAUCCCCUCCUCUUCUGUUUGUUCCACUCUGUGGUUGGUCACACACCUUAGAUGGUGGCACAUGCCAGAAAUCUUACACUAUAUUGUGGUGCUGAGAACCCCAAGUAGAAGCGCUUCAAGGAUCCUGAUUGGAGGCUGGUUCAGGGUUGUCAACUCUCAGCCUUACGCUACCAGGAAAGGCGUUUUUGCCACUGAUCUCUCCCUGGCCCACCACGCCUAUUCUUUGCUUCAGUAAGUUGGAGGAGUGGAAGAAUGAUGCCUCCGAUCUUUGUGAAGAUAAAAGAGAUGCUAGAUCCUACAGAUCAGAGAUUCUUUCCAGCGGUAAGACACUACACGUUUAGUUCUGGCAGACAAAAUAUAAAUCACUGAGACAAAUCAGUCUGCUCCCUGAAAAUAGAGAACUUGGAAACCACUAUCUUCUUUACUGCAGUGGCAGAUUCCCAAGGACCUGCAGAGCCCCCCAAAUAUGCCCCUUCACACACACACACACACACACACACACACACACACACACACUAACACAGAGUUUUGACAUUUGACCUGCUCUCGAUGUUCACUAUUGUUAUCUUGGUAGGUCCACACACAGUAUGAUCUUUGCAAAAUUCUUACCCCUAUGAACCUUCAAAUAUAUUGAGUUAUGUGUUAUAUAUGUUUGCUUUCUGUAAAUUCUUUUAAAUUAAUAUAUAAACUUUGUGAAGUCUUAUACUGUACAUUAUAAAGGGAUGGUCUUUGUCGAUUGUAACGUUUCUGAUCUUUUGAUAAAAUAAUUUUGGACCCUAGACCACUGUCAAGAAAUAAAAUACCCAUUACAAAGUUGCUUCUCUAUUGGAAAAUAUGUAUGACAUACUUUAUUUUUAGUGCCAGUCUCUUCCAGAUAAAUAAUAUUUUGGGGACAUCUAAACUUAAACAGUAGUUGGGUCACCUUUUGAGAUGGUACACAAAGGAAUAGCUAGCUGUCCUAAAUCCAAGUGUAAAUCUGUGUUGGACAGAAAAGAAAAUAUAUAAUGAGACAAUAAAAAAUUAGGUAAUUAAACUUUUAAAAAUGUAUGUGAUUUUCCCCUUGGCAAAAAAAUACAUACAGUGCAUAGUUCAAGAAUUUAUCUUCUUCUGAAUUCAUAGUUUCUAUAUCUCAAAACUUAAUAGGUAAACCUAUUCUAUUGUUAUUAAUGUCUCACUCAUAAUUCUAAGAAAUUUACAAAUGCUAUUGUGAAAAGAAUAAUUUUAUUUGUAAAAUAUUACAUUUUCCUUCAUCAUUUGAAAGACGUUCAAAACUACUUUACACCAAAACUUUGCAUGACUGAGAUUUUGAACAUUUAAAUUAGUGGUUUUUAUCCAUGAGUCCUUUAAUAUUGUUAGUACUGUAAAAUUAUAUGAUUUCCUUACAUUUUUGUUACCAUGUGAUGAACUGUACUAUGUAACUAAACAGAAUUCUGACAAUCAUAUUCUGCUAAUCUUUAAAAUGUCACUUAUCCUUCAUUUAUUGGCUUGCUAUUUUCAAAAUAAAGUAGAAGAAAGCCCUUUAUUAAAUGUAAA